CAAGUUAUUUUAGUUUGACAUUCGCAUUGGUCACUUCAAGAUGGCGAUAAAAUCGAAGUCGUCGGUGGGCUUUUUGCAAAAUUAAAAAUUUUAUUUAUACCCUAAAAGACGUACAAAAAUAGAAAAAAACGUAUUUAAAUUAUAAUAAAGCAGUCUAGAAAGUGUUCUGAAUAUAAAAGGUGCAUGAGUAAACGCCCUGAGAGGCGCUGUGGUGCAGCCAAGGUACUCCGUCGCAGCAGAGCAGAUAGCAGAUAGCCCAAGUUGGCAAAAUUCAAGCAGAAGAACCAACAACAUUGGUAGGUGGUAUAGUACGAGCGAAUGUUAACGGAAGACAAUAUUUUGGGUGCAUUUUGGGGAAAAAUUUAAAAUAGAAAGUUUAGAAUUCAAUUCACCUAUUACACCAGCGGCUGGUGCGUGAGAAGCCUGCGUCCUAGUUCAAGUGGCAGUAAAUAGAUAUAGGGCAAACUUAUUGUUUCUGAUGCCGUGGUAGCCAUCGAAGUCAGCAUGAUGAACAAUUACACUAACAUGAUGAUUGGCGAUCAAUUUCGCAAAAUGGAAAGUACAACUUAUUCACCAAAAUCUUCGCCACAUGGUGGACGUUCGCCAGUAGUGUCGAGGCAAGAUUCAUCGGGCACUCUAAAAACUACAAUAUCACUAGGCAAAACGCCCACAAUAAUACAGACGGGGCCCUUUUACUCAAUGAAGGAACCACCAGGCAAGGGCGAAUUGACGGGUGAUAAAGACCUAAUGACCGAAUAUGGGCUGCAUCACACACUGACCAAGUUUAAGGAUAAAAAAGUCAAGGAGUCGCUAGCUUCCUUUCUACCCAAUUUGCCUGGCAUCUACGACACUACAAGCAAUCUGGAAAACAGCACACUGCGUAGCGUUAUUGAGAAACCGCCCAUUGGUGGCAAGGAGCUGGUGCCAUUAACUGCCGUACAAUUAGCUGGCUUCCGGCUACAUCCUGGACCUCUACCUGAACAGUAUCGUGCGCUAAAUACGACACCCGCACGAAAACACAAAAACAAGCAUAAAAAACACAAACACAAAGAUGGCGCUGCGCCGCAAGAAACGUCGCUGAUGGACUCCUCUGGACUUGAAACCUAUGAACGCAAACACAAAAAACAAAAGCGUCAUGAGGACGAUAAGGAGCGAAAGAAGCGAAAAAAAGAAAAGAAACGUAAAAAGAAAAGUCACAGUCCAGAACCCUCAGCUGCUGGAUCUGUCGCAGGUGGCAAUAGUGGAGGCAUUGGCACAGGUGGUGGUGUGGGUGGGGGUAGUUCGGGCAUCGUUUCGCUAGGUGUCAUGCCACCAAUGGGUGGCAGCAGUGGCAGUGUAGGCACAUUGGGUGGUGGCGUAAAUGUGCUGCCCGGCGCAGUUGCAGCGAUGCAACAACCACCGCAACAACCACAAAUGGCGCCAGCGCCAAUGUUAAGUGACAUGGGCACGAUAUCACAGCAAUUAAUGCUCUAGGGAGGAAGCAAUAGACAGCUGUGAAAGUAAAAAGAAAACACACAAAGCAGCA